AUGCCUCAAGGAUUCGAAGAUAUUGAAGAUGCAGACGACAUCUUUCACGACCCAGAGCCUGACGCCGACUCCGCGGCGAAGAAACAAGUCAAUGGAGAUUUGAAAGACAAGGCUGAUGAAGAGGAAGAGAGUCCCCACGACGACAAUGAUGAGGACGACGAGGAUGAGAAGGAGGCCCCAGAGGCUUCUCAAGGCAAGACUCGGGCUUCAGAGGAUGACAAGGAGGCCCCAGAGGCUUCUAAAGGCAAGACUCGGGCUUCAGAGGAUGAUACGAAAGGCGGGGCCAAAGAAGGCGACGACGACUCCGAAGACGACGAUUCGGAAAGCAUUGAAGAAGAAGAAGAAGCCAUGUACAUCGCCGAGACGAUUCGAAAUCACAAAUUCCUAAAAGGCCAGGUGUACUACUGGAUCAAAUGGCAAGGCUAUGGUCAAAAAGACAAUACCUGGGAACCUGAAGAGCAUUUAUUACCACAUGCUCGCCAGCUCCUCGCAGACUACCACGAAAAGAUUGGCGGACGUCCAACUCCACCCGUCAAGAGGGCAAAGGCCAAGCAAAAGUUGCCCACACAAGCCUCUACCGAUGACCAGCCCGCCGCAAAGCGUCGGAAGCGCAACACUGAGGCGUCAGCGAGUCAUGCCGAGGAGGAAGUUGGUACGUGGCUCCCCAACAAACAAAACUGGGAGGAACUGGUGGCCAAGAUCGAGACGGUGGAGCGAGAUGAAGCCGGCCAAUUACUCGUCUACAUCAAGUUCAAGAAUGGCAAACGGUCAAAAGUCGGUAUGAAACUCAUAUCCGAGCAUUGCCCCCGAGCGAUGCUCAAGUUCUACGAAGAACAUCUCAAGUUCAAGUAA